CUGACUGCUGGCUGAGGCCGGUGAGGCUUGGUGUAGCGUCAGACGAGCACACGGAAAUAGUGCGUGCUGGUCUGCAGAACGCCAGUUAGUGUGAAAUGUUAUCCCGCCGUGGUAUCGUCGUGGCAACGGUGGUAGAGAGAUAAUCAGCUUUCCCUAAAAUCGACGAAACUGACAAACCGACAACAGUUGUUUCAAGUGCAUUGCAGAACCUGCGACGCGUUCAGCGCCAUCUUUGGUUCCACCCGCCGCUCGUGAGCAGGCCGGCCGGCCGGCCGGCGGCUGCCGCAACAAAUUACGUCAACGCGACUUGUAUUGACUCGCCUUUUCGCGCAUCGUCGUCGUCUUUGCCGUCUUCAAUAUUUACUGUAACUCCUGUUAGUUUGCCUGUACUAUCACCACCGCCAUUCCUCCUGCUGCUUCGGCCGUGGUUGAGGAGGCGCUCGCAAGCGAGAAAGGGUGGCCGGCGAGCGCUAAGCGGUCGUUGGUCAGGUAGCAAUCGCUGGGUGGCGGUAAGGUAAAGGUAGGCGAAAGAAACAACGGAAGAAAGAAAGGCAGGGAGGCAAGCAGCCUUCCUACCAACUAACCAGCAUGCGCAAGUCGACGCGUCACCGUUACGUCGAGGUCGGCAAAAGGGGCCAACGCCACAUGAUGCUCGUCAUGGAGGAUGCACCCAGACGCGUAAAGAUCAAGAAGCGGCCCUCAAAUCAGUGGAAGGAUAAUCCCUCCAUCGUUGUCGAGGAAAGCUCUGAUCAGGACGAACAGGGAGGAAUAGGCACCUCAAAACGUGAGGGCGGAGAUUACCUGUACGAGGAUAAGAACCGUGAUGAUGGUGAUCAGGUUUCGGACCACGAAGGUGACGACGCGUCGGAUAAGUCGCAGUCCGAGAGCGAAGAGAAGGAUAAGGACGAGAUCGGUAAAGACAAACAUGACGAGGAACGUUUCUACUCAAAAACCUUCCUCGAGUUGGCGACCAAGUCCGCUCUGAAAAAAUCCGAUGUCGGAUUGACCAAGGACAACGACGAUGGAAAAUACGCGGCGGAACUUGACGCCAGUGGGCUGCUAAGCCUUGAAGAACACUUACUGUUAAUGGAAGGACGGCUGAUCGAAGAUAUUUCGAACAUCGUUCGCGAGGAACUAGCUGAAUUCAAGCGACUGUUCCUGGUGAGCCCCUCCGAAAGUCCUGAGCCUGAGGAGGCUUCUAGCGAGGAUUUUGCCGAUAUGUUCAAAACUUUCGCGAAGUUUGGCGACUCCAAAGGAGCGGGCGAUUUGAUGAGUCUGUCCAAUUCGGAUCGUUGGUGGAAACAGGCCAGGGUGAUCGAUGGACGUCGGCUUACCACGACGGACACGGGCAUCUACUUCCGCAAAAUCGCCAAAACCAAAAGGACUCUGACGUUCCGCGAAUACCAGCAAUUCGUAGAGGGCGUCGCCAAAUCUAAGAAGAUUCCUGUCGAGGAGAUCCGUUUCAAAUUGUGUAACUGCGGGCCGCCAUCGUUCGGCGGACGCCCUCCUAUCCAGGGGUCCACUGGCGUCAAGCCUGAUCGAAGCACUGGCGGAUAUCGUAGGUUCGAUGGUAAUAAAUAAUUAGAGCGCGCUGUAUUUGUCUCCUGUACCCCCUGUUCCGAAUCGCAGAACAUCAGAAUGCCGGCGGGAGGGAGAAAAGCCGAAAGCGGAAACGUAGGCGUGGACUGGGAAAAUCCGAAAAUCGCAAGUGACGCAGUGGAAGACGAAAGAGAAGGGAAUAAGCUGACAAAAAAGGCUUUAGGGGGGCCGAAUGCGAGUGGGAAGUGAACCAAAAGCGCUGCAAGUCCAGGGCCGGUGGCAGUGAACAUCCAUAGGGUACCGCCGAGGCCGCCGCCGGUAUCAUUGCCUUCGCAGCGCCUACGAAGUUCAUCACCGACAGAUGCCUUGUUGCGAUUACGGAACGACUCAUUCACACUACCACUUAGCUUGAUAACACUAUGCGUCACUCUUAAGCAGCUCGAACGAAAUUGUGGCCAUUUACAAUAACUCUAUAAUUUAAAUUGGUUUUAUUAUUUUUACGUACGUCUAUCACUACAUAUAUGGCAUGCACGCAUACGUUUCGACCACCGUAGCACUGCUGCGACCGAUCACAGCACAGACAACUCUAUUGUACCUCACAUCGGAGCGAAAAUAAAAGCGUAUUCAUAGAUUUA